GGCCCAUAAUAAAACAAACAUCUAUGAAAUUUUCAUAUAAAAGCCAACAUGUAAACUUUCCCACUCUAGGGUUUUUGGUUAGCCACAGGAAGCCGGUUGGCAGUAGUGAGGGCAGAGGCACCGAGAGAGACGAAAAAUGAAGACUAUACUGUCAUCAGAAACGAUGGAUAUCCCCGAUGGGGUAAAAAUCAAGGUAAAAGCAAAGCAAAUAGAAGUGGAAGGACCAAGAGGAAAGCUAACCCGCAACUUCAAGCACUUGAAUCUUGAUUUUCAGCUCAUAAAAGAUGAAGAAACUGGAAAGAAAAAGCUCAAGAUUGAUGCUUGGUUUGGAUCUCGUAAAACCACUGCUGCUAUUCGCACUGCUCUUAGUCACGUUGAGAAUCUCAUAACUGGUGUCACUAAAGGGUACCGUUACAAGAUGCGUUUUGUGUAUGCCCAUUUUCCUAUCAAUGCUUCUAUCACUGGUGGGAACAAGGCUAUUGAGAUCAGGAACUUUCUUGGCGAGAAAAGGGUGAGGAAAGUCGAUAUGCUUGAAGGGGUUACUGUUGUCAGGUCUGAGAAAGUUAAGGAUGAAUUGGUAUUGGAUGGAAAUGACAUUGAGCUUGUUUCUCGUUCUGCUGCCCUCAUCAAUCAGAAAUGCCAUGUGAAGAACAAAGAUAUCCGUAAGUUCCUGGAUGGUAUCUAUGUGAGUGAGAAGGGAAGAAUAGCUGAAGAAGAGUAAGUUUUAGCAGACUUGUUGUGGGGUUAUUUGGGAUCAUGUGCUGAUUUCAUACGAACUCAUUUGAAUUUAAUUCAACAAUUUUGGUUCCAUGGUUUUCUGGAUGAAUAUUAUCUGUUAAGAGUAAUUUUAUGUUUUAUGUCUGGCUCAUUAAGUAGAGAUGGAUGUUUUCGUUUGAUGGUUUGCUUAUUAAAAGAUCAAUUUUUAUGUCA